AUGUCCGCUAAAGCCGUGGAGCAGUGGCCUUGCGGGAUGGCAGCGCAUGAGGAGAAGGCUGAGGCCCCGGAAGAUGUCGCGCGCGGCUUGGAGAACUUGCCCGUGAGCGCGUGGCCCCCGGGGGCGUGGCCAGAGCCCUUCCAGUAUACUCCUGAUCACGUGGCAGGACCCGGAGCAGACACUGAUCCCACUCAAAUAACCUUUCCUGGAUGCAGUUGUCUCCAAACUCCCUGCCUCCCUGGGACCUGCUCCUGUCUCCGUAACAAGGAGAACUACGAUGCUAAUUUACGCCUCAGGGCCAUAGGAUCGGAAACAGAGCGUGCCGAGCCGGUUUUUGAAUGCAACGUCCUGUGCCAGUGCAGUGACCAGUGCAAGAACAGGGUGGUCCAGCGGGGUCUGCAGUUCCACCUCCAGGUGUUCAAGACGGAGAAAAAGGGCUGGGGACUUCGCACCUUGGAAUUUAUACCAAAAGGACGGUUUGUCUGUGAAUAUGCUGGCGAGGUUUUAGGAUUCGCUGAAGUACAGAGAAGAAUUCAGUUACAAACAAUACACGAUUCGAAUUACAUUAUAGCGGUCAGAGAACAUGUUUAUAAUGGGCAGGUAAUAGAAACAUUUGUUGAUCCUGCCCACAUAGGAAAUAUUGGCAGGUUCCUUAACCAUUCUUGUGAGCCAAACCUGUUGAUGAUUCCUGUCCGAAUUGACUCAAUGGUACCAAAAUUGGCACUUUUUGCAGCCAAAGACAUUUUGCCAGAAGAAGAGCUUUCUUAUGACUAUUCAGGAAGAUUUCUUAAUCUAAUGGACAGCAAAAACAAAGAAAGACUAGGUAAUGGGAAACCAAGAAAACCUUGUUAUUGUGGUGCCAAAUCGUGUGCUGCUUUCCUGCCUUACGACAGUUCACUGUACUGUCCCUCAGAAAAGCCAAACGUCAGUUAGGAAGGAACAGCAUAGAAGAAACAUGUCCGGCCUCGCUCAGUGGCUGAGAACGAGAAGGAACCGAGCAUGCUUGGCCCAGCCCCUGCGGCUUCCCCUCUUACCAGAGACUUCUCCUGGAGGUACAGUUCUGCUCUGUGGUACGCAGCUGGCCCCUCACUCUAGGGGAGGCCCGUGAUUGUCCAGCUCUGUCUCUGCCUGGCUGUGUAACUCAGGAAUGUGGCAAAGAUUACAAGUUGUCCAGCAGUACCUCCUCUCCCCUUCUGUAAUGGAAUUCCUAGUUUUUAACUGGGUACAUGACCAGCCAGCUAAAAACUGGGCACUGUUCAUGGUUAGAUGUGGCUAAGGGAUUAUGUUCUAGCUAAUGGGAUAUAAGCAAAAAUGGUGUGUCCUUAAAUGGAGAUGUCCCUGUCUUAUCCUCCUCUUUCUUCCUGUUGGCUGGAAUGUAUACAUGAUGGCUGGAGCUCGAGCAUCCAUCCUAGACCCCAAGAUGACUUUGGAAAAAGAAGCCACACAUAGCAAAUCAACAAAAUUGAAAGGAGUCUGAGCGCUAUAUACUGCGGAACACUCUCUCAGUGCUGAUCUGACACCUCUGGACUUUAGCUGAGAAAUAGUCUCUCCCUCAUUUAUGCCACUGUUAUUUUGAGGUUUCUAGCAUUAGCAUUGAACCUAAUCAUAAUGAUCCAAGGAAACCUUGUGGCUGCAUAGCUAAGCCCUGCUUUCCAGUCAAUUUUAUCAGUAAUAAAACUGAUAGUUUGAUUUCUGUC